UGCGUUUGGUUUUUUCUCGCGUGGAACGUGCUUUCGGUUGGUCUUGAUCGGAACGAACAGAGAUAGCUAAACGCGUGUGUAAUUUCUGGACCGGUGAUAUACCAGGUUGUGGAUCGUGAUGAUCUGUAGCAGAUAGUGAAUGGGAUUAAAUCGUGCCAAUGACAAAGUCGUACAGGUGAUAUUCUGAAUGUACGUGAGGUCCCCGUACCACCACGGAUGAUCCAGAUCUGUUGAGGUGCCGUAUGUGUGUGCGGUUGGUGUUCUGAUUUUCCGGAUGCCCCGUAAUGUUGAUCGAGCUGAUUAGCAGGUCUGAACCAGCAGAAGACGCUCUGCUUCAGCAGCAGCAGCAGUAGCAGCGAGUGUUAGUUUUGUUAGUGCUACAGUACAAAUGUGUUAGAAAACAAGAAGAAUCGUGCCCGUCGACCUACCGGGCAAAACAAAUACAGUGCUUUUGGCUCGGUUUUGUUUUCCUUCCCGGUGGAUGUUUGUUUACGGCUCCGGCCGGGGUUCGCUUCGUUUAAUUAUGUGUAGUGCCCUACAACGGUGAAUCGGGAUAUUGCCACCGGUUUAGGUCUCGACCCGGCAGGGACGGUCUGGUUUCGAGUGGAAGUCAGUGCGCCAGCAGUUAGUUAAGAAGACAUCAGGAGCGAAUGCUUAUUUGUGCGAAACUUGCUAAUUAACGGAUAUGCUUGGCAAAUAGUUCGAAUGAUUGCAAACGUUGCGUUUGACUGAACUGCGGAAAAGUGCCGAAUUCUCUUCUUUUGAUUCAGUGGAUUUACAAGAACAGAGUUACUGUCGGACCGCGGACAUCUUCAGCGAAGAGAUGGCAUCACUGGCCUAAGAUGUUGCUGCUGCCCGGGCGAUGACAACAGCUACUUGCUAGCUACGGCUUGUAGCACGGUUGCAGAACAUUGGACCUUAAACCUAAAUGGAAACAACGGCCGUGAUUGUGCCUACAACUACACUAGUGCCACCGGCUGUCUGCCACCGCUGGUUCCGUCAACAAAUUAAUGAGAGUGGAUUCGAAAAUUAUUGUUAUUAGUGCGGUUGAGACAACUGUCCCGGCUGGCCCGAAGCAAAUUGUGGUGCGAAGAGAAAACUGAUCGGUGCGGGGCGGCGGUGUCGCGGGGAAAACACGUGAACCGACGGAAGAGAUUGGCGUUCGUCGCUGGUGAGCGUUGAAGUCGUUUUUCGGUGCUUUGUGCUAACUUUAAAUUUGUUUAAGUUUGCUGAUGCUGUAUGGCUAUGAAAUGGUUUUUUAUUCGGUUCAAUCUCUCAUAAAACUACUUUUGUAAGUAACAUUAGUGUGUUUGUUUCGUUACACGCCGCUGAAAGAAUUCUGAGAUCUGUCAACAUGUUUACCAGAUUCGACGCAAAUAAAUCAACCAAAGGAGCCUCCAAACUGAGGCGUGAUCUGAUCAACUCGGAGAUUGCUAAUCUGCGGGAUCUGCUACCGCUUCCGCAGUCGACUCGGCAGCGGUUAUCUCAGCUGCAGCUGAUGGCGCUCGUGUGUGUAUACGUGCGGAAAGCUAACUAUUUCCAGCAAGUGUUCAAGCGCUCCAUUGACAUUGGACUGCAUACAGCUCCCACGCCAAAUAUAGGAUUCUCAAAGGCAAUGUCCGGCUUCUUGAUGAUGCUCACGCAAAACGGAAAGCUUUUGUACAUCUCCGACAACGCCGCGGAGUAUUUGGGGCAUUCGAUGGAAGACCUGCUGAUACACGGCGAUUCCGUGUACGACAUCAUCGACAAGCAGGAUCACGGUGCCAUCCAGUCGGAGCUAGGACGCGGCGUGCCGCAACAUCAAACCAGUGCCUCCCAUCACCACCACCACGGUCAUCAUGCCCAUGGAGCUUCCAGUCAGCUGGACGGAGAACAGCGGAUAUUCCUCUGUCGGAUGAACGUCAGUCGAAACGCUCGACGGCAGAUGCGAUUCGGGGAUCAGAAGGUCGUCCUGGUGCAGGGUCACUACCUCUCGUACCUGCCACUGUGCAGCCGGAACGAACCGGUGUUUAUCGCGACCUGCACCCCGAUCGCGAUGCCUGAGACGAGGGAGUGCGUCGUCCAAGGGGCGACCAACGUCUUCACCACAAUUCACUCGAUGGACAUGAAAGUUGUGCACAUCGAUAAGAAUGGUGAAUUUCAUCUCGGCUAUAGCCGCACCGAACUGCAGGGCAUUUCGUGGUACCAGCUGCUACACUGGGAGUCAACGCGGGAGGCGCAAAGCAAACAUCGACUGAUAACCCAAUCCGAGCAGGACCGUUCCUGCAUACUGCUGGUCCGGAUGCAGCGCCGACAGAACGACUUCAUCUGGGUGCACGUGGUGCUGCAGGUCCGCGACGGCCAGGACUCGAACCAACAGUCGGUGAUCGUGUGCACGAACCAGGUCUUGAGUGAUCGCGAAGCUUCAGUAAUGCUCUCCAAUUCAUGGCUUUAUCAUUACUACACCGUCCAAUCGAAGAUGCAAUUUGGUAUUCCGUUCGAAGGAGCAACCCGAAUCCCGCCGAACACUUCCUACUACCAUGGUCACCCUUCGCCAACGUCAACGAUUCAAGGCCACGGUUAUAUCGCACCUCCGCAUCAUGUUUCCUACGGAUACCACUCACCUGUGGGGCAGGCUGGAGGAGGCACUGGUGGUCACCACAUGAACGGAUCUUCAACUCCAAUCAUCAGCCACCAUCACGGUUUAGGCGGAGAACAUUAUCGGCCGUACGCUUACUGUCUGGAAACGCAACCGGUAGACUACAGUAGUCAAGUGCAAGCUCCGAUGGGUUCCAUACCAAUACGCUGUGAAAGCACUGGCAGUAGUCAAAGCAUUCAACCUGAUCGCAACGGAACUCCUCCGGCGAAAAAGCGGGCAUUUAAUCGGAUAGAGCCUCUCUACAUUCCAGAAAACGGUCAAGAGUCACCAGAAAGUUCCAUAACAGAACUGCACCCCCCAACGCAUCCCUCCAACCACGAACACCCAGAAACAAGCCACAACGGUGGCGCGGGAAUCGCUGGUGGUGGAACGGGGACACUCAUGGGAUCCGGCGGAGUUCAAACCAUGACCCUGUCUACCUCUUUUCACACCAGAAGCACCCGUAUUCUCAAGGCUCCUCCCUCUUCGACGGUGACAGAACCAACAGAUUUCAUCGAUCAGUGGAAUCCUAGUCCUCCUUGGUCGGAUACAACCGUACAAAAAGUUCCCGACAUCACCCACCAGGAACUUAGCCCCUACAUGACGACAACGCCGCCAACACCAACCAGUGCGCCUCACGUUGCUGGUGUACCUGCUUCGUUCUCCUUCGACUGGAUGCCAGAACAGUUCGUUCCGAUCAUGACGGAUUGCCACCCUCCUUCAACACCGUCCGGGUGUGUUCUACCAUGUACCAUAAAUCAGGACGGUAUUCCAGUGCCCAUGUCUCUUCCGAUGCCAGUACCAAUCCAGAUACCACCUCCUCCAUGGCCUUCGGACCAUCGCUUGCUAGCGCUGGAAAGCACAUCCUCCUCAUCCGUAGACCGUAAGCCGAUGGAGGAACAUCUUCAUCACCAUCAUCAUCAUCAUCAUCAUAUUCAACAGCAGCAACAACAACAGCAACAGCAGCAGCAGCAUCAACUUCACCAUCAAAGUUCAUCCUCGUCAUCGUCCUCAGCGUCGUCUUCCUCAACCCCCGGAAAUAGCAUGAAUAGCAAUCAUCACCGGGGAGUCAAACGAUCUCAUUGAGAAGAAGUAACAGUUCUGCCCCUCCCGACGGCAGAAGCCAUUCCUUAUUCCAGUAUCAGUAUUGUUUUACGGUAGAUCCUAGAGGGUACAAAUUCCUUACAGUAAAUAGUACAGAGGCUAUGCGCCUAGUAGAUAGAGUAUUGUUUUUUAAAGCGUAGAGCGUAGUUAACUGUUUUCUCAAUCGAUCACUCGACAGUUUUGAUGAUUUAUAAGUGCAAUUUUUUGACUCUGAUGUUUUAUUCCGAUGUUUCCUACACACACAAAAAUUCGACAAUGACGUUAAACGUGCAUUUCUUUUCAAAGUACGAUUCCUUUCUAGAAUAUUUAUU